CGCGUGCCUUGUUGGCGGGUAGAAAAGCAAAGCCCGGACCUUGGCCCGCGUUCGAGGGCAAAGUAAAAAACGCAGCAGGCGAAGGCGCCCGCGUCACCAGGGACAGGCGUGCGAAACUAGUCUGGGGCCACCGACUUGCGCGGCGCGUCGCGCAUGCGAUGGGCAAAGGCGCGCGCGGGCGUACAUCAUGCGGGCGCGAGGAAUGACAGAAGCAAGUACACAGCGAAGGCGCAUAAUGUUUCAAAGGCGGGCGCUUCCCAGCGAAGUUUCUGCGCGCCGCCUCGGUGCGCCAAAAUGUAUUGUGAAGGCGCGCCGCUACCAUACGAAUUUUGUAGGUGGGCAAAAAGACAUACUUUGGCGGGCUCGGUGCUGCCAUACGUUACAAACCGCACCGGGCUCGGUGCUGCUUUUUGGCGGGUUUUCUCGAUGAAAAAAGCGCGAAAAUUGUAACGCCCCACAUACGAUUUGGCGUGCCGAGUCGUAUGUGCGUACCUAGGCCACGUCAUAGAUGAGUUACUAGUACAUCACUGCUUUUGUGGUUACGCCCAACGGGGUCCCCCGCACGUGCCAACGCUAAGAUCGUAAAAUGGAUUUCCCCAUCGUCGUCGACCUCCAGCUCCACUCCGACCUUCCCAACGGUCCCUACGGCGAAGGAAAGGGGUCCGGCUUAUCCCUGACCAUCCACGUCUUGAACGGUACAACGUACGGCCAGGUCGCCCGGAUCAUCAAAACGCAAUGGGAAGCGGAACGGGCGAAAAUGACGGGUGGGCUGGGAGUGAUGUCUGCUCUGCCGGGCGGUAGCACAAAUACGAAAAACGGCAGCUACAAGGAGAACUGGGUGGUGCAAAAGAUCAAGUACCAGAAGAAUUUCAUCCACUUUAUAACCUGCUCAGCUGUUACAAUCUCAAACGUUGCAACAGAGUCUGGAAUUUGUGUUGCAUGAUGAGCAUGACAGACUCGCACAGCGUUCCACUUUUUGCAAUACAAAUUUCGCCAGAUUUGCAGUGGGGUUCGGGGCUCCGGAACUUGUCAUGCGCAACCCUAUGAGAGCUGGCCAGAUCAUGCACUCUUGCGUCACAGAUUUCCAUACUCUAUUGUAACGUUUGAGAUUUUUGUAACACCUGAGCAGGUUAUACACUUCGCGAGUUCGGGGGAGAAUAAACUGGUCGAGCAGGGGAUGCACGACGUGAUUUUGGUGUUGGAUCAGGAUCUGGACGAGGAUGAAAACGGGAACAAGCAGGGGAGGCGGAGGAGGAGACGUGGUCGCCUUCUCUUACGCUGUUGUCCUCUUGGUUGAUCAUCAUCAUGGUAUCGACGUUGAUUUCCGCAUGCUGGAGAGGACAUGCGUUUCUGAUGUUGUUGAGUUCAGUUGUAUAAGUAAGUACUCCACCCAUUCCUGACGGCACCUGAUUGUGCAACUCUGCGAUGACGAGCGUUCGUUUACCAUUCCAAGAAGAUUGAAGAUCAUGAAAACUCCAUCUUGAUGCGCCGCUAUGGCUGAACACUCUUACCACGACCUCGAAUGCGGGGUGACCGGGUGCUAGGCCUGGUCUGG